AUGCCAGUGCGAGGAGUCCGUUUCAUUUUAGCCCCGGGCGAAGAACAGGGCAAAGUUAUCGGAGAAGUCGACGAGAAGACGGCGGGAAAACGCCUAACCAGUAUUGUCCAUCGCGCUGCUCUUCUACAAGAAUUACUUUCGGAUGCUCCGCAGGAGCGUCUACACGCUUCCAAGAAGCUCGAAGGAGUGGAUCGAAGAGCUGACAAGUCUCUUACACUACACUUCACGGAUGGAACGAGCCAUGAAUGCGACAUCCUGAUUGGAGCCGACAGCAUACACAGUACCGUCCGGAAGAUUGUUCUGGACGGAAGCCCUGCGGCUACACCUAGGAGCACUGGCAUCUGGAUGGUCAUGACCCUUCAACCCUACGCGGAAGCUCAAGCUAUCAUUGGCAAAGGAACCAUUGAUUUUGAGGAUGCCCGCGAGUAUUCAUGGAUCGGUAAUAGCGAGAUCAAGUCGCUUUACCAAAACUGGCCGCAACAUCUAAGCAAGGCUGUGAACGGGGUUGAACUUCUGCUUCUGCCAAAAUGA